CAACCAUGUCCGAGUCAGCAAAGAUUACCGACCUUCUGCAGAAGCCGCGCAGCGAGCUCACCGAGUACGAGAUUGCUCGCGUCGAAGAGCACGAGUUUACUGCCGGUCCUCUCUCCAUCCUCCAAACCGCUGUCCGCAACCACAACCAGGUCGUCAUCUCGUGUCGCAACAACCGCAAACUCCUCGCCCGCGUAAAAGCAUUCGACAGACAUUGCAACAUGGUCCUUGAGAACGUCAAGGAGAUGUGGACCGAGUUCCCUAGAAACAGCUCAGGAAAGAAGGGAAGAGGUGUCAACAAGGAUCGCUUCAUCAGCAAGAUGUUCCUGAGAGGCGAUUCGGUCAUUAUGGUCAUUCUCACUUGAGCGACUUCUCGAUAACUUCAAGAUGCGACGAUUUUAAAAUGCGACCUCCACCCGGCGCCGUCGAACCUCCCCAAAGAAUGUGCAUCCCCUUACUUGGACACAAAUCGAUAUACCAAAAAGAAGGCCACAAAAGGGAAAUGGCGUUACCACGGCGUGGAUUGGGCUUUUCUGGAGGGAAUGCAACAAACGGUACUGCCACUUUUCAUGAGGCUGUGGAAUUCAAUACUAGACUGUCUGCCUAGUGCAACACGUAAAUGUUCAAAUCCUGCCUUUCCGUACAGGGAAGAGCAUAGCAUGCGACAAAAUCCCAGCUGAUCACAAUGAUACUUGAGAUAUGUUUUAUUCUUGGACGACACGUCUCUUUUGACAUGAGUAAAUUGGGUAUCGAAGGGGUAUGAACAGAGUUGCUAAACAUGACAGGUGAAAACAUGGC